AGCAAAACGAAAGCAAAACGAAAGGAACACGUGUCCGCACCUAAACCUUUCGCUCACUGGAUUUGAUUUAAUUUAUGAUUCAGAAAACAUGUCUACUGAUGUCAAUUUAGCACAAUGCCUACCAAAUCUAAUAACACUCGCGGACAUUUAAAUGUGUUUAAUCCUCAAUCGAGACCAGCAAGAGAUUCUGAGAACGACGCGCGCGGACUGACAACAAGCGUUACUGAGUUUAAAAUACUGAUGAACUCUCUUCUUAGUGGACAAGACCGCAAUAAUCAGUCAUUGUGAACUUGAAGUGAUGACUGAAUGGCAAACGAUUCAACAAUCAAUAAAGAUUGGGUGAUGCUGAAGGAUUGAGUGUUUUCUGAUCAGUUUUCAGGGUCAGUUUAGCUGCAGUAUGUCAGAGGAAAGAGGAAAGGACUCUCUCUCUCAGAUGAGUCUCUCAGAGAAACACAGUGUAAGAUCAGGCUCACAUGUGUCCAGCUCUGUGUCUCUGAAGAGUGAUGACUCUAAAGGAGGACUUCCACCAGACUUUAGUGAGAAAUCACCAUCAUCUAAUGAAAGUGUAAGAUCAGGCUCACAUGUGUCCAGCUCUGUGUCUCUGAAGAGUGAUCACUCUAAAGGAGGACUUCCACCAGACUUCAGUGAGAAAUCACCAUCAUCUAAUGAAAGUGUAAGAUCAGGCUCACAUGUGUCCAGCUCUGUGUCUCUGAAGAGUGAUCACUCUAAAGGAGGACUUCCACCAGACUUCAGUGAGAAAUCACCAUUAUCUAAUAAAAGGCUUCAAUAUGAGACAUUAGACUCAGACCGUCAGACUCACAGGAACCACGAGAAUUUCAAAGACAAUCUUCUUGGGAUCUUCCAGGAUCUUGAGAGCAAAAUAAUCACAUUUCUGAAGAAUGAGCUGGAGAAGUUAAAGAAAAUAUUACAACAUGAGAACACACAACACUUUGUGAAGGACUUUAAUGAGAACAGAUCCAGGAUCAAAUCAGCAGCUCUUGAUCUCACACUACAUUACCUGAGAGAGAUGAAGCAAGAUGAAGCUGCUGAUGCUCUAGGUGAGCUGUUCUUCAUUCCUCAGCUGAAAUGUGGCCUAAAGAAGAAGUAUCAAUGUGUGUAUGAAGGAAUGGCGAAGCAAGGUGACUCCACACUCCUGAAUAACAUCUACACAGAUCUCUACAUCACUCAGGGUGGCAGUGAACAGGUCAAUACUGAACAUGAGGUCAGACAGAUUGAAGUUGCUUCCAGACGUCAUGAAGCACAAGAGAUCCAGGUUGAAUGCAAACAUUUGUUUGAAGCGCCUGAACAAGACGAGGAGAUCCGAACUGUACUGACAAAAGGAGUCGCUGGCAUCGGGAAAUCAGUCUCUGUGCAAAAGUUUGUUCUGGACUGGGCUGAAGAAAAAGAAAAUCAAGAUAUCAGCUUCAUAUUUCCUCUUCCAUUCAGAGAGAUGAACUUAAAGGAGAAAGAAAAACUAAGUUUGAUGGACCUUAUAACUCAGUUUUUCCCAGAGACAAAAGGACUGAACCUUACAAGAUGGAAUCAGUUCAAAGUGCUGUUCAUCCUUGAUGGACUGGACGAAUGUCGCCUUCCUCUGAAGUUUGAUUGUAAUGAGACGUGGCGUGAUGUAUCGUCACCAGCCUCUCUGGAUGUUCUCCUAACGAACCUCAUGAAGGGAAAUCUGCUUCCUUCUGCUCUCGUCUGGAUCACCAGCAGACCAGCAGCUGCCAGUAAGAUUCCUCCUGACUGUAUCGACCGGCUGACAGAGAUACGAGGAUUCAGCGACGCACAAAAGCAAGAGUACUUCAAAAAAAGAUUCAAGGAUGAUGUUCAAGCCAACACAAUCAUAGAUCAUGUUAAACAAUCAAAGAGUCUCUUUAUCAUGUGCCACAUCCCAGUCUUCUGCUGGAUUUCAGCCACUGUUCUCCAGAACAUUCUGGAGGAGAAGAGAAAUAAUGAUGUGAGAAACACUCAGGCUGAUGAGAUCUCUAAAACACUGCAGGAAUCAAACAUUGAAGACACUCCCAAGACUCUGACACAAAUGUACACACACUUUCUCCGCUUUCAGAUCCAGCAGAGCCGCCGAAAGUAUGAUGGAGAAUACACACCAGAUGUUUCCUGGGAUAAAGACGCCAUCCUUUCACUGGGGAAACUGGCAUUUCAUCAUCUGGAAAGAAACAACCUGAUCUUCUAUGACACAGACCUGGAAGCCUGUGGUCUUGACGUCUAUAAGGCAUCAGUGUACUCAGGCAUGUGUACCCAGAUCUUUAAGGAGGAAACAGGGAUCGUUCUUGGUACCAUGUACUGCUUUGUUCACUUGAGCAUUCAAGAGUUUAUUGCAGCCCUUUAUGCACAUCUGUUUCUAGACAUCAACAAGACAAGUGUGUUUGAUCAUGAGUCUACAGAACAGGAAAACAGAAAUGAAACCAUGAUUGAUUUUCUCAAGACUGCAGUGGACAAGGCGCUGGAGAGUGACAAUGGACACCUGGACCUUUUCCUUCGCUUCCUCCUCGGUCUGUCACUCCAGUCCAAUCGGCGACUCUUACAAGGUCUGUUGACACAGGGAGACGGCACUGAUUGGACCAAAAAGGGGAUAGUUCAGUACAUCAAGCAGAAAUUAGAAGCUAAUCUUCCUGCAGAGAGAUCCAUCAAUCUGUUCUACUGUCUGAAUGAACUGAACGACCAAACUCUGGUGAACGAGAUUCAGACCCACCUUAGCAAAGGAAGUCUCUCAUCUGGUGACCUUUCACCUGCCCAGUGGUCUGCUUUAGUCUUUGUGUUGUUGACAUCAGAGGAAGAGCUGGAGGAGUUUGAGCUUCAGAAAUUCAAGAAAUCAGACGAGUGCCUCAUUAGAUUAUCGGCAGUCAUCAAAACCUCCAGAAGAGCUCUGUAA